AACCAAACCAAAUUCUGUUGCAACAUGAAUCGUCCGGAGCUGGACUACUAUGCGGUGCUCGAUAUGCCGAGGAGUGCCACCAAGCAAGACAUUACACUGGCCUAUCGUCGCCUCGCCAUACGUCUCUGUCCGCACAGGGACAAGAAGGAUGCGCAAGACUUUGUGCCCCUCGCCCAAGAAGGUCGACUGACGCAUCUUUCGCCCAUGGGAGAGGCCAAGCAAUGGGCCUACGUCAACAUGGCCUUUGAUGUUCUGGGGAACGAUCUGUAUCGCGCCAUCUACGACCGCUAUGGCGAGGCGGGUCUCUUUGAGGGCGUGAUGCUGCCCAAUGGCUACUUUCCGCCGUAUCAAUAUCACGGCGAGCACAUGAAGGUCUACGAAAGCGUCUUUGCCAGCUACUCGCCCUAUGCCAAUGUCAUCGAUGCCAUAACCAAUCCUCCCAGUCUGUAUGCAACCAAGAACCUGGGCAUUGGCGUGCGCAGCAAGGAUGCCGAUACAGAGAAGAUUAUUCAGCUGUCCCUCGAGGAAGUGCGCUCGGGCUGUGUGAAGCUGAUGCAUGUGUGGCGUCAGGAAAUUGUCGACGCCAAGGAGUCACGCCUCGAGAAGCGCAAGCAUACACUCAAACUGAACAUCGCCCCAGGGACUACGGCUGGGACUCGCUUUUGCUUCAAGGAGGAGGGGGAUCGUUAUCCCGCCUCCAUUCCGGGCGACGUUAUCUUUAUAGCCGCCGACAAGCCGCAUCCAGAAUUUGAGCGCAGGAAUCUCCACGAUCUUGUCUAUCGCUAUAACAUUGAUUUAGGCCAGGCAAUGACUGGUUUCAUAUUUUUCAUCUCCACGCUAGACAAGCGCCAGCUUAAGAUCGUCAUCACGGAUGUGGUCCACCAGGGCUACCGCAAGGUGAUUCCAUUGGAGGGUCUGCCCAAGUGCCGCAAUCUGGAUGCUGUGACUGCGAUCAAGGAGGCCAAUAAGAUAAAUGAUCAGUUUGGCGACCUCAUAAUCGAGUUUAAUUAUAUUUUCCCCAAAUAUUUGACGCCUACAAUGAAAAGCAUGACGCGUGAGUUCUUCCGCGAGCUCCACAAGUUGGAAGUGGAACUCGAGGAGGAGGAAAAAAAUAACAUGCUUUAGUAAGAAUUUUUGCCUGUUAAACCAAGAAAUUUCAAGUACCUUUAAAAUAAAUUAUAUCUUUCUGUGUUGAAA